GCUGCAAAAUCCAAUAAACAUCAUGGUUUUUUUCCCAAACAUGGAGUGUUUUCAGCUAGAAACCACAAGCCUCUCAUUUGAACUAUUGGCAGCCUGCCUGCCUGCCGCAGCUCGGUCAACGGCCCCGCCGGGGCUGCGAGCGCCUCGCGCUCUGCUCCGCCGCCUCCUCACCGCCCGCCAGGGCAGGAGUCGGGCGGCUCCGCGCACGCGGGGCUCCGGGACUCCAACGCUCGCUCGGGACGGGGGCGGAGCUGGCUCCUUUCCGCUCUCCCCCCGCUCCCAGGACCCCAGCGCCGGCCCUGGGCUAUGCCAGCCGCGCAGCAGCCUCCGCCGUUUGCGGGCGGCUUCUUUGGGCGCCAAGGCCCCCAGCGGGCUCCUUCGGCCCGGGACCGGCCCCGCCCCGUCUCCGCUGCAGCGGGAGGAGCCCUGGGAGCGCGCUCCGUCGAGCGCGCAGCCCGGUGUCUCGGUAACGGCCAUGGCGGCGGCCUCGCCGCGGGACCCCGGGGACUGGCAGGAUUUCUCCGGCUUCCAGCCCCCCGCAGGGAGCAGCCCCGAGCCGGCCCGGGACGGGGACACUUGGGGGCCUGGAAACCUGAGGGAAAAGCUGCUCCUCUGCUUCAAGCCGCCCCCGCCUCGGGACGGCGGCAGCGAGAGCCGGGUCCCGCCGCGGCCCCUCAGCGAGCAGAGCGCCCUAGAGAAAGACGAGAUUUGGAAUGCUUUGACUGAUAAUUACGGUAAUGUAAUGCCAGUUGACUGGAAGUCCUCCCACACCAGAGCUUUGCAUAUGCCAACACUGAAUCUCUCAGAAAAAGGGUUAAAUGAAAAUUUGAACCUUGACCUAUCAGAUGAUGAAGAGCUUCGAGAACAGCUGGAUAUGCAUUCUAUCAUAGUUUCCUGCAUCAGUGAUGAACCACUGUUCACAGCAGAGCAGGUGAUUGAAGAAAUAGAGGAAAUGAUGCAGGAAUCACCUGACCCAGAAGACGAAGAAACACCCACGCAGUCAGACCGGCUCUCCAUACUUUCCCAGGAAAUUCAAACACUCAAGAGAUCCAGUACAAACAACAGUUAUGAAGAGAGAGUACAAAAACUGUCUGUUGCUGAACUAAAUGAGCUACUAGAAGAAAUUGAGACUGCCAUUAAGGAUUAUUCUGAGGAGCUGGUACAGCAGUUGGCUCUAAGGGAUGAGCUGGAGUUUGAAAAGGAAGUGAAAAAUAGCUUCAUUUCUGUCCUCAUCGAAGUACAAAACAAACAGAGAGAACACAAAGAAACAGUGAAGAAGAAGAAAAAGCUGAAAAAUGGUAGUCCUCAGAAUGGCAAACAAGAAAGAGGUCAUAUGCCUGGAACACGCUUCAGCAUGGAAGGGAUCUCAAAUGUCAUUCAGAAUGGCUUCCGCCACACGUUUGGAAACUCGGGUGGAGAGAAACAGUACUUAACAACAGUCAUUCCUUAUGAGAAGAAAAGUGGACCCCCCUGUGUUGAAGAUCUACAAACAUUAACCAAAAUUCUUUAUGCUAUGAAAGAGGACAGCGAGAAAGUGCCAAGCUUAUUAACAGACUACAUUUUAAAGGUUCUCUGUCCGACAUGAAAUGCUGCUUUACUUCAGAAGUAACCAGGCUCCUCCUGUGACAAGAGCUUUCCAGAGAUAGUUCAUUGUAUUUUCUUUCCAUUUGGCACUGUAUCUAAACCUGUAGUAUUUACUUUCAUGUAUGUUUGGAAUUUUGAAUCAUACAGUAGGCCUUUUUGGGCAUGAGGAUAGAACUUACACGCUUUUCAUUUGAUGGUGCAGUGUGCUUGAGCAUAGACAAACAUUGUACAGUUUUACUCACAAGCUUUGGUUUGGCUUUUUAAAAUCUGUUUUACAUUGUGUAACAUAGUAAUCCCCUCCCACAUAUUCAUUGUUGGGGAAGGAAAACUAAAUUUAAAUACUGUAAAUAAAUAAGCCUAUAAUUUUAACUAAUCUGCAGUGUAAAAAAAAAAACAAACCUCUGUCUUAUAUCAGACUUGCAAAAGGGAUCAUAGCCAAGCCUGCACUGAAGAAUUCCACUGAAGUUCUUCAGUGACACCAAAACAGUGAUAGUGGAAAACUGGCACUGAACACUUUUUUUACAAAGCAGUAACUCAGAUUAAAACUAUAAUACUGUAUUGUUCAGACAUGAACAAAUGUUUGAUGCUCUUCAGGAGGAAGAAUCAGUAUCUCUGCUCCCUUUACUUGCUACCUGAUUUACAUAAACUUCAAAAUAUUAGAUGAUAUUCUUCAUCACUCUCAUUUUCUGUUGGUUCAGUUUUUAAUAAUUACGUCUGUUGAGACCUGGUAUGUUCCUCCUUAAUGCUAUCAUUUUAGUACUCAUGGUAAAUAUUUGGAUAUAUUUUAGAGGCUGCAGUAUUAAACAAUAUUUUAAGAUGUUCAGUGUCCUUUAAUUAUGUGUAGUGUUUGAGAAAUGGUCAUUUCAUUUCCAAGACUGUUAUGUUGAACUUUCAUACCCAUUGUACUUAUAAACAUCCUACAGAUCUGGCUCUUGUAACUCCCUGUCUGUAAUGAUGUUAGACCUGUACCUGGAUGUCACUGAUGGGAACAUAUUUUAUAAAUCAUAUUAAAUAUCUUUGCUAGUCUUAGAGCAAGUCCAGUGGUGUGAAAAGAGAAGUAAAUGCCAAUAGAAGAAGAAACAAACUGUUUUUGGUUUGAUUCCAUAUUUAUUAUAUUUAUACUAUAGAAGCCCCCAGAGCCAGCCAUUGUACAAAACAUAGCAGAUACAAUUCAGAAGAGCUUAUAAUCAAAAAUUUCUCAAGAAUUUGCUUCUGUUUCCUUUAUCUUAAAUCUUAGUGAUGAAGAAUCUGUUCUAGAAUAAUUUUCACAAUGUAAUACUUUUAAGAAUCUGAUUAUUAGUAGUAGAUACUAUAUGAGUUCUUCCACUUGAUUAACAGAGCACAUUAUUAGAACAUGUCACUCAGUAAUGCAAGUUUUCCUUCUAGAUUCAGUUACAGUGUUAUAACUGAACUUCAGUAUUAUGUGUCCGUUGUGCCUGUCUUUUUUGCAGAAUAUUCAGAACUCAGAUCUAUAGCCAUUACACUGCUUGGUCAGCAGUGGACAACCUCUUGAGCAGGAUAAUGGCUAAGUAUUAUUUUCACCUGUCAAUGAGAUGCUCCUUCUGAUCUGCUUAAAUGGUUACCGUUUCUGUGAAGAGAGUCUUGCCUGUUAUAUUCUUUUUCUUAAUAGUUCUUCUGUAAAGAAAAAUAUUGUUCCUCUGCUGAUAUGUUGUGAAUUCAACAUGGCAUUCCUUGUGGUUUUUUUGCUGAAUGUGUUGUUUUUCUGUAGAAUGUUCAUUUCAACCUACUGUCUUCUAGUUUUCAACUAAGAAAUAAUCUAUUCCAUUAUUUCAUUAUAGAAACUAGGAACCAACAGAUCAGUGACUUCAAACCUGGUGAGAACCAUUAUUUAUCUCCAAGCCAGGUCUAUUCAAAGGUACUUCUGGUGCUGUCUAGUCCUAAAAUGAAUGUCUGACAAUAAGGUCAAUCCUGCAGGAUAUUGAGCAUUCUGGCCUUGAUCCAGCAAAGAACUUAAGAUACUGGAUUUCUGUGGGACUACUUAUGUUAAAGUUACUUAAAGUUACACAGGCUUAAAUGGAUCAGGGCCAGAGUGCUCAGCAUCUUGCAGAUAGAACCCAUUAGUGCUUGGCAUUCCUCUGUGCAUUCAGUGAGACCAACUCCAGGACUGUGCUGCUUUUUUCAAGAAGAAGUUCUCAAAAACAGUAGAAUUGAAUGGUGUCCUACUAGAGUUGUACUUUUUGUUAGAGCUGAAUUUCAACAUACAGUUCAGACUCAAGUUCCACAUUGCCUCGUCAGUCUCAAAGGUACGAAAUCCCAAUGCAAUUGGAGUCAAGGUGCCAGGUAGAUCUUUCAGUAUGCUCCCUGCACGUUAUUCAUCAACAUUCAGAUGCAGGCAAAAUUUCCCUCAAAGCAAAAUAUGUAGAUUGUAUGUAAUAUGGGGAUGCUCAAAUCUAUGUACAUUUAUUAUUAUUUCCAUACUUUUUAAAUAGUUUUAGUUCUGGGGGAAGCAUAUGGAAUUGUUCCAUUGUACCCAUCACUUUUCCAUUUGUGAUACCAAGUGAUUGCAGAGUAUCCUAUUUCUAACAUUUCUUUGGGACACUUAGCUAAAUUAUAUUGUAGGCUUUUUUAACUAAUAUUUUGAUAUUUUGUAUUGUUUUCUUUAUGUAUUGUAGCAACUGAAACUUUAAUGAAGUUAUUUGUCCUGAGAAUUGAGGUGACUAUUUAAUACGAUAAUGAUUCUGGGGAUUGCAACUACUGGACUUGUUUUGCUGAGUACAAUAUUGGAAAGCCAGGACAGAGAUGUGUGCGCCUGAUCCUGAACCACUGAAGUCAGUGGUUGCAGAAUCAAGCCCUAUCAGUGGGGGAAGCGAAGAAGACAUUAAGCUGGGAAAGGCAGGGACAGAGGUGUCUCCUGAGUUACCGUCUUCUCCUUGGAUGAGAAAGGAAUAUGCAGAGAACCACAGUACUCUACACCUCCUUUACCACAAAAAGGGGAGAGGUUUCCCCAGGCUUGAUCAUUCCUUGGCCCUCUGCUGAGUUAGGAAUGAGGAGAGAAAUGUCCCCAUGAGCGUUUUCCCUCUUUAAAUAGGUAAAAGAAACCAAUGCUGUCAGUUUCCCUGUUUACCCCCUACUCCUGGAGUGGGCAAGGGAAGGAGGUAAGAGAUGAUAGAUAACGAGGGUAGGUGGAUUAACUAAUUAGGGAGAAUGGAGGGCCCAGACAGGAAAUGCAAGGUGCUAGGAACAUGGGAGAAGAGGAGAAAAGAAAUGGAACACAGGUAGUGGAAAAAUCAGAAAAGCAUUUGGGGAAAAAUUGAAAUAAUAGUCUUAGAAUUUAACAUUGUAGGAAAACAGACAUUGCCCAAAAAAGUGCAAAGGAUAUACCAAAUAUACUAUGUAGUCUGAACCUCCUAAAAAUGUCCUUAGCUUUGGAGAAGUUCCUGACAAAAUUGUCUGCCCUACCAGACUGAAUUGUAUUUUUUAAGUAUUCUGUAUGCACUGUUUUUGUAGCCAUGUUUGUCCCUGUGUAGGUAUUCUGUGUAAACCUCGCCUAUAAAAGCCUGGCACUGAGCAACAAAAGCUGAAAAUGGGUAAUGUGCACAGGGGAGUCUCUAAGACAUUUUGCCGCCCCAAGCACGGCAGGCUGCCUGCCGCCUCGUGGCAACCAGCAGAGCCACUCCCCGCAGCUUGCUGCCACAAGCACACGCUUGGCAUGCUGGGGCCUGGAGCCGCCCCGAAUGUGCACCCAACCAGCGAAUAAUUUGCAGCCUGCUAGUAACUUUUUUCUGUAACUUUUACGCACUUAAGGCUCUCUGUGCAGUUGGGCCUUGGAGCAAUACUGGUGUCUUGUGCUUUUUCAAAGAGUCAGAAUUCCCCUAGCUCCUGGAUAUUUCCAGAGCACUGAGAGUGUGACUUUGGAGAGCAGUUGCUGACAAUUUCAGGGUUCCCUAACUCAUAAGGAUAGGCCCCUACUAGGCAUUUUUAAUUUGGGACAGAUCUGGGAGCAAGAUGUCUUAAAAAACCUAAGUGGUAUAAAUCACCAAAAAUCGGUGUUCACCAAAGAAAGCUGAUAUACAUUUCUCCCCCCCACACCAUUUCAUUAUUCAGGUAGUUCAUUUUAUAGAUUUACCCGCUGGCUGGAAUAAGAGGGCAAACUAGUUGAGAUUCAGUCCAGAUAGGAAAGCAUGCUCAUUGUCUGGGGCAAAACUACCAGUAAAACAUCAACAAUAAUAUCAGCUCUUCUGCAAAGGGCUGUGUCUUACUGGAUCCUCAGCUGUUUCUUGUAGUGGCCAAGAUAUUUUGUAUCAUCCUAUGCUAGGUCAGGAAGUUGUGACCUUUUCUUUGGAUGUCACCACCAUAAUUCAUGCCUUUGUCACCUCCAGAUUGUAUACAUCACCAUCCUACAUGCUUUAAAUACCACCCGGAAAUUACAGCUAGUGCAGAAAUGUGGCAGCUUGUGUGCUUGGCAACAGUGCAGAGCACUUCACACCUGUAAUGAUAAUCAGUCAACACUAGCUUCCUAUAAUUUCCACAUUAAUUAAGAUGUUUUUAAUUUAUAAAGCCCUAAAAUGGUGUAGGUCAUAGGUAGCUCUGGAACUACCUCUUCAACUACGACUCCAGCUAUGACAGCUAAAAUCCACUGAAACACGUUAACCUAACAUCCCUCUAAUUCUGUCAGGAAGGGACUGAAGGCACUGGUUUUUUUAGUGAAAUAAUCUCACUUUGAAAAUGUGUUGUCCCCAUUGAUCCACCAGAGCCCAGAUUUGUUGAUCAUCAGGUCACUCAGCAAAGCUCACCUCUUUUCUGCCUGGCGUUUUCUGAGAAGAUGGACUGUAUUGGAUGUUGGGGCAGUUUUAAAACCUUAGUGGACUUGGGUGAAUUUCAUAUUUUGGGUAUUGGUCCUAAUUUUAUGUUUAAUACUUUGCACAAGAGUCUAGAGCUUCAGAAAUGUCUGUCCAUAAAUUCAGGUGCACAAUAUUGAAGUCUUUCAAAAUUUCCAUCACAAAGUACCACAAGUUAAAAAAAUAAAACUGGAGAGAGGCAUGGAUCUGAGUCAGAGGGUAUUUGUAUUACUUUAUCACAAUGGGCCCUAUGUAAACUGAAGGCACUUUUUUUAAAAGCCUAGGGAGAAACCCUGAAAUUAAAAGAUCUGGGGUUAAAUAUCAGGAGUUGAGACAUUACUCCUUAUUCGUUACCCAUUGUAGUUCUCAAGAUCUUUCCAAACAAAUGUAAUAGAUAUUAGUAGACUCUUGGGAGAUUCCAUAAAGCAGAUCUAAUACUGAACAAGAAGUGUUAAAGAUGGUUUUUGCACAGACAAGGUUGUUAAUUUAUCCCAUUUCUUAAUAUGUCUGUUCUAAAGCCAAGAAAGCAUAAAGUAUUGUUUGCAAACGCUUUGUUCUGAGUUACAACCUAAUCUCUUGUCCCAUUAUUCAAAUUCUUACUUUCAGCCUAACUCAGAUUUCAUCUCUAUCAUUUAUGCUUUUUUGAGCAUGGUGGCUGUUGGUAGCUGAACUGGUUGCAAACAGCACUGAUUAAUACAUCCCAUUAGCAGGGGACUAAUCGUUACAUUUUUCUGUUUGAUGGUUCUAUGAGGCUCAUUGCAAGUGUUGCAUUGAUUAUUUAUUUAUUUUUUCUUCUCUAAGUGCUAAUGUCUUCCUCACAUUAUGACCUUGUGCUCCAUGCUGUUUGUUAAUAUUUUUCUGUCUAGUCCCUUUAGGUAUUGCCUUUAUUUAAAACUGUAUUCAAUAAAAAUAAUAUUAAAUAUCAA